ACCUUCAGUAGGAUAUAGAGCGCGGUGAGAAAUCAACGUCGAUCAAUAUGUCGGCGCUAUAUAUAUUUAUAUUAACAGCGCUUUUAGUUGCAGAAAUUUCGUGUAGAGGGUUUCAAGUAAAGAAUCAAGCAAAACAGUUAUUUCUAAGUCGUCGAGUAGUAACAGACUCAGGAGAAUUUGAUGGCGGUGUACUAGUGGACGAGGAUGGAAUUAUUUCAGGAAUAUAUACACGGGAAACACUUAAAGGACUCAAGUUUGAUGGUGAAACCGUGCAGGUAAUAGAUGGAGGCGACUGGGCUUUAAUGGCAGGGGUAGUUGACUCACAUGUGCAUGUCAAUGAACCCGGUCGCACUUCGUGGGAAGGAUACGUCACAGCUACAAGGGCUGCUGCUGCAGGCGGCAUCACUACUCUCGUCGACAUGCCUCUGAACUCAUUUCCACCAACAACAACACUCGAAAAUUUAAAAAUAAAGGCUGCUGUUGCAAGAGAAGAGGUUUACAUAGAUGUGGCAUUUUGGGGAGGAAUGAUUCCGGGUAACGAGAUAGAGCUGCAAAAUAUGAUCGAAGCAGGAGUCAUCGGUUUUAAGGGAUAUCUCAUUGACAGCGGAAUUACAGAGUUUCCCAAUGUAGAAAAGGAUGAACUGGAUAAUAUUUUCUCCAUUUUAAAUGGAUCUGACGUUACUAUGGCUUUCCACACUGAACUACCGAUUAGUGCCGGUAAUGAUACUCAAUGUGAGAAUUGUGACGUUCCCGAUCCGAAUUUGUACAGCACUUACCUCGCAUCUCACCCUCCGGAAAUGGAGCUCAAUGCGGCAUCAUUACUAGCCAGCUAUAUUCCGAAAUAUGAUGUGCACGUGCACGUAGUACACGUGUCGGCCGCAGGCGUUAUACCAAUAUUAGAAGCGGCGCGAGAAGAAAGGAUAAAGGCUGGUUCCAAGCGCUGGCGAGGUGGUGUAACAGCGGAGACCUGUCAUCAUUAUCUGACUUUCAGUUCUGAGCAAAUCCCUCCUGGACACACUGAGUUCAAGUGUUCACCACCGAUUAGAAAUAUUUCCAACAAGCUUCAACUAUGGGAAUACAUAAAAGAAAGAAGAAUUGAUUUAAUAGCGUCAGAUCAUUCACCUUCCGUCGCUACAAUGAAAGGACCCAAUUUCAUGAGCGCAUGGGGAGGAAUAGCUUCUGUUCAGUUUGGUUUGUCUCUAUUCUGGACGGAAGCAAAAGCUCGUGGUCUUAGCCUAAGUACGGUCAGCCACUACUUAUCAGCAGGGCCAGCGCAUCUGUGCGGCUUACAGAACAGAAAAGGAACCAUAAAGCCAGGUCUCGAUGCUGACCUCGUGUUCUUCGACCCUGAAGCUUCGUUUGUCGUCACACCAGAAAUAAUAUUCUACAAAAAUAAGCUAAGUCCAUAUAUGUAUCGCGUGCUAACUGGCAAGGUCAUGAAAACUUACGUGAGAGGUCAACUUGUAUAUACAGAUGGAGCAGUGUAUGAAAAACCGCAAGGACAGCUGUUAAUAAAUGAUAAGGUCUUGUUUAAUUAGUCCUGAUUAAAUUUCUAGACAAACUGUAUAAUCUCAAAAAUUAAUGCAAUAAAUACAUAUACAUACCA